AGGACCUCUACGUAGUUGUACUGUGUCAAAUCAUUUCCUGUUCCUUGGUUUGUGAUUUUUCGACACAGCAACUGAUUUUUCCUCAGCCGCAAGUCCAAUAGAAACCGUAGACAAUAAUUUGCGUAUCUAUAAAAACAGCCACGUCUUGAUCACCGUCGAUGUGUCCACCGUGUCACACAUGUCGCGCUCUAACCCCGCCCACUAAUUGGUUGUUUAUAAUACCUUUUAAUAAAGACCGUCCACAUUGAUUUUCACUACGCGAAAAAACCCGUAACAAAAUGGACGAGUCCAAAAUCAUCGAGCGCAUUCUGGAAUGCAGCUACGAUGCGCAGUCUGCGAAUUUUGUGAAGGCCGUGGUUGACCAGCUAAAGGAAGCCGAGUCACCUUCCUUCAACCGCGCAGACUUGAUCGUGGAGGCGAAACUGGGCAUACUGUACGCGGACCAGAUCAAACAGAUCCAGUAUUUACAUGGGUGCUUCCUCCGCUGUGAGGACUUCGCAAGGAAGGACAAACUCCAGCAAGAGCUGAAGGACAAAAUCCCGGACUUGAUGCGCUUGCUCGCCAGAUACGCGAAUUUGGUCUUGACCAUGCCUUAUGAAAUGCAAACAUCACAAGUCUGGAAACUUGUGAUGCUGAAAUGUGGAUGAUGGAAACAGCUCCGAAUGCAACCCAGCAUGACAACUUUCGAGAACGCUUUCUCAUACGCAAUCCACAUGAGAAACUGCGUAUUUGCAUGCACAAAAGAGGCUGCAGCGACUUCUGUUGGUUAUGCAAUACAGAUUUUUUUUUAGGUAUGGAAAGCUAGCAUUACAAGUUCCAACCUUCCAGACCCAGACAUAUUUGCAAUCCAUAUGCCGGAAAUGUUCAGCGACCCGGACGGUAACAUGAACAUGAGCACAGUCGUAUUCCGAGCAAAAACGUCCUCGCCCCAGAGUUGUCAUGCAAAUCAGCACGCCAAAAGAGUUUCUCAUGCGGAGCCCCAUGAGAAGCAUUUUCUGGCCGUGUUUUGGGAUUUGUGAUGCUAUAAUCAGCAUGAUAAGAUAUAUCUCUGAUGCUGCUGAACUACCUAAACAGGAUCACACUACGCGGACAAACUUGUCAUGCGAAACAACCAAAGCUGGCUGAUUUUGUCUAGCAGAUUCCCCAUCUUGACUCUGGUGUGGGGGCGUUUUUACUCAGGAUAAGUCGCCGGUGCGGAUUUGCUGGUCCAAUUAUUUUGCCCAACGCCACUAACCCCCGGCGGACCCGUGCCGAACCGGAUAUUAACGCUAAACUUCGUCCACUUACUGGUGACCACGAUUUGUGAUGAACUAGACCCGGCAGAUGACCAGCUCACCGCGAUACAAAUUCUCUUCCAACCGGCGUUGGACCAACUAAUGCAGAGGAUCAAGGGCAGGUGUUUCACGGACCACAAAAUGCAGGAUGUUGGGUUUUUGACCAGUCUGAUCAGCAGAAAAUCGCAGUUGCUGAACAAAAUCGUCACCACCUGCAGCAAGCAGUUCCAACCCGACGCACAGAAGAUUAUGUUCGGGACGAAAGCUGGACAGGAAAAAUCUAACGGGUUCAAUUUGCAAAUGGAAUCGCUUUUCGGAACACUACUCUGUCCAACCACCAUGGACACCAUGCUGUACCGCUCGGUGAAAGCGGACGUGAGGUCGAUGCACUUCGAAAACGCGACCAAAAAAUCCCAGAAAACCGUGGAGGCGUCGAAAAAAACGUUGCAAGGGACCAUGGGACAGGUAUAAUUCUAAUGUGAACUUGUGUUGCUGAGACGUGGAGUGGAAGUGUGUUUUGUCAUGCAUAAUCUUGAAACGAAAGUGAAACGAAACCCAAUUUAUUUACUAGGUCAUGGAGCAAACCCUGAACGUGGUGAAUCCGCUGCUACUAUGAAGUGCAAAAGUCUAACGUACUAGUAGAAAUAGCAUCACAAAUUCCCUCAGCAUUAGUAGAAAAGGAAUCUCCAAUGCUCUUUUCCCUUAGGAAGAAGAUUUGUCAUGCAUGUUUGCAACUUUAGGACAAGUACGAUGCUUUUGCAGUUGAUAGCUGCGUUCCGGCGAGGACUGCCGGGAAGCGGUCGUUCACUGGCUCGCCGAGAUGUUGAAGGGAAAUGACGACCGCGCAAAGGGCGCGAACCAGAUUCACGAGGGCGGGCAGGAGAACCAUAUCAAAUGCAAAAGUGUCUGGGUCUACUAGAAGAAUGCAAGUUUGUCAUGCUUGCCUGGCAUGACUCGAGAAUCUGUGUUGCAUAAGCACGAAAAGGCCCUCUUACCUGUCAUGCAAAAACGCAGUUUGCCAUGCGGAAUACGUAAGACAUGGGAGCCAAAAAAUUUGUCAUGCAUAGCUGCGUAUUGCAGUCCGUCUACGAUUCACUUUUAGCAUCACAAGUUUCCAGACCCAGACAUUUUUGUAUCUGAUAAACCACUUCAUCGACACCUUGUCCAACUCGGACAUCCCCUUCCACCAGAACUUAGACGCCCGGUUAACCAUGCAGAUCCAGCAAGCGAGGACAGUCGGGUAUUCCACGCCCGGGUGCGGGUUGAACGUGUUCUGGCUGUUACUGGAGUUGAAUCGACCCGUGAAAAUUUCCGCGGUGGGGCAGUUGUUAGACUCCAGCAUUUUCGCCGUGGACGAGGAAGUGAAAAAGUUACUCGGCGAUUUUUCCUCCGAAACAAAAAUGGGCGACGAGGAACAGGUGAAGCUUGCGAAGAGCGGUUUGAAGAUGGCUUUGCUGGAUGAGAACGGGAACCAGAAGCAGAAAUUUAAGUUCGCGACGCAGAUCUUCACGCUGUUACUCAAAUCCUUCAACUGCCUCGCCUGCCCGGUGUUGAAGGAGGACAUGUGCUACGUCGCGGCGUUUUCUUCUCUGUGGAACAAAGCGCCGGAGAAAGCGGACAAGUGCUUCGGGGAGCAUAUGCAAGAAAAAAACUGUGUAAGUGUAAAUUUGUGCUGCAGAAGAUGCAACAGAGUUACACCUGUCAUGCCAGACAGCCAUCAAGUCCUCUUUUCAUGGGUGUUUUCCCUAUACAAACCAUGCAUGACAAGGUUUCUCUGUCAUGUAGAGCAUAUUUGUGAUGCUGUUCCUCAAAGAAAGUUACACUUACACACUUUUGUUCCUGAAUAGAGCAUUUGUGCAUCAGCACGGUGUUGGAGCAGGAGGGAUUCCUGUCCGGGUUGAUCCACGGCAUAAAUCUACUCGCAUUGUUAUGGGAGUGUCAGAAUCGAAAUUGACAAAAUCGAAAAACCUGUGAUGCAUAAAAUCGACACCAGUCGGAGCCUCAGUUUCCAAGUGGCGCAUGACAAAUUUCGGAAGCACUAAAAUCCAGUCUGUCAUGCUGUUUGGGCAAAGAAGACUGCUCUUGUCAUGGUACUCUGGCAGCACAACGCCUUCCCCUAAACAGGCCUGCCACCGGUCUCAUUUGCUUGCUCCCCAACACAGGCCAUACGUGCUCUACAUUUUAUGCAUUACAAAUUUUUCGACUUUGUCGAUUUCGAUCCUGACAGUCCCAUAACUGUACUUACUCGCCGCCGCUUACCCGGAAUGCAAGCCGAAGUUCGCCGACAACCCGGAUAGACCAGCAGCGGCGUUCACGAAUGUGACGAUCCCCCCGAAGCAGGUUUCCCCCGAGUGGUCGGUCCUGCCGGCGUGCUUGGUGGAGAAUCUCGUCGCGAUUUUGGAAUAUUUCCGCGACGUGCAGUACCCACCAACGACCCAGCACCCGUUUUACCAAAGGGUAGAUGUGGACAGUCUCUUACUCUUGCUCGUCUUCUUCCUCGGCGCGGGCGACCACGUGAAGAACCCGAGUACCCGGGGGAAAGUGGUGAACAUUAUUAGCUUUUUGAUCAAGUCCCAGCGGUGGGCGACGAGACUCCAGGAAUUCAAGCCGGUGGUCCAGAACAUCAUCCCCUCGUGCUUGCUCGUUUUCAACGCGGUGGAGAAAACAAAACAAAGUUAUUACGAUAUCAGGAUGCAGCUGAAAUACCAGCUCCGCGUGCCCAUCAUGGAACUCUUCGGGUUGUUGAUUUCUGGGAACCAGUCCAGUGAGCUACACCGGAAAAAUUUGAGAAAUUUCGCAUCCGAACAGGAGGACGAUUUUUUGAAGUUCCUGAACUUGCUGAUGUCGGAUGCGACGGUGCAAUUGGAUGAGGGCAUGGACACGUUGGCAUCGAUAAGAAAACGGAAAGUGUUGGCCGAGAGAAGAGCCAGAGGGGAGCAGAUCAAUGACGAGGAGUUGAUGGAAACGGCGGCGGCUGGUAUAGAGCGUGUUUUCAAGAACGUGAUCAUUGAUUCUGUGUCUGUCAUGCAUAAACUGCAUUUUUCAUUUUCUUUGACACUGUCUUCGUGUAGUUUUUGCAUCACUAAUUCCACUAAAUAAAAGGCGUCGGCGUCGACCGCGGUGGCAUGGAGGACGACGAAAGGAACGAGCAGGGCGAGGAUUUGUACAGAAGAUCCAGAAGAGACCCCAAGGAGCACUGCGUCACCUACAUGAAAUUAGGGUUCCGGACGAUUAAGACCCUGCACUCCAUCGUGAAAGAAACACCGGAAAUCGUGUAUCACAAUGAGAAAUGCCCCUACCCCAAGCUUGGCACCCUUUAUAUUGCAAACCUUUCCAAUAGAAACAUUCCCCGUCUUGCAUGUAUCAGCAUCACAAAUUUUCCAUGCUGAAUAGCUUGAAUCUGUGUUGCAAAGGAGCCCACCAGUAGCCGGAUCUGUUAUGCAAAAGAUAGCUCGCGCACCUAGAUUCUGCAUCAGAAACGCUCGUAGUCCUCUCAUGCAAGACAAAAAGCUUUCACUUGGAAACUUUGCAUGAGAAACUUUUGUAAAUUCCGGGGUGGUGGCAUUUUUCACUGUAAUAUCGUGACGAAAAAAUCCGUUAUGCAUUGCAAAAGUAUCGUACUAGUAUGAAUUGCAAUACAAAUUUCCUAAACAUGAGAAAUGGAAUUUGUAAUGCGGAUUUGCCUUGAUAAAAAUAUUUGUAAUGCAUGACUGCAAUUACUACGAGUGCGAUACUUUUGCACAGGAUAUCCGUGGUUCUGCAGCAGAUGGUCCAGAACUGUUUGAAUGCCUGCAUGGACAGGUAUUUGAUACAUUUUUUCUGUUGCAGCGCUGCGCAUGAGAAAUAGCUUCUGUCAUGCAGGAUUGGACAUUAUGAUUAUUGCAUGAACGAGGACACAACAACUCUCACAGGCUUGUCGGCCCCAAGUCCAUGAAUUUGAAGCAGCAAGGCGGGCAGAAAGAUUACGCCGAGUUUCAUUUCAAGCCGGUGGAACUGCUCACUUUCAUCAUCGAGAUGCUCGUCGUCAUAGCAAGGACAGAAAGGGAUAAGGUACAGAAAGUUCUACUACCAUGUUGAAUGAUGCAGGUUUUGCUAUCUCAAACUCAAUGUGUUUUCGCAUUGGAAAAAUCAGCACGAACGACGUCGCAACAUCCAACCGUAUUUAUUGUCCCGUACAUCAAAUAUUAAAACAGGUAAUCCACCACGUGAUCAACGACGCUCGAGCGGGGAACAUCAACACCUUCGAAAAGGCUGUCCGCAUUUCCCGCCGCGACGGCAUGAUAAGCAAAGACUUGUCUGAGGAGUUCGCAAGCUUUGUCAAAGCAUUACUAGAGCAGACGGGGUCUGCGGAAGACCAGCUGGCGGCGAUCGAGCAGAAAGUGGGCUCGCUACCAGAGGAAUACAUGGAUCCGUUAAUGUACGACUUUUUGAAGUUUUUUUUUUGUUUUCCAAAAUGAAAAUUUCGCAUGCAGGUCUCGAAUGAGGAAAAGAAUCUGUCAUGCAAAAACCCAAAACUGUUACUCUAUCAGGGACAUCGUAAUGAACGAUCCCGUGGAGCUCCCUUCCGGCAACAUCGUCAACAGAGACACGGCGGAGCGAAUCGCCAUGGGCGACGGUAUGGACCCCUUCACAAAAGCUUCGUUCACGAAGAAGGACUUGAAACCAGCACACGAGCUCCGGAAGAAAAUCUACCAGUUUUUCACGGUGGUAUCAAAUGCAAAAGUGUCUGGGUCUGGGAGGUUGCAACUUGUCAUGGUAAAUCUGAAGCAUGCAAAAAUCUGUGUUGCAGGAGUGCCAAAAGCUGUCCACUUUUGACCAAGAUGGAAGGCAGUUUCUCAUGCAGGAUAGGCAUGGGAGAGACGGAGACCUCGCAGAGUCUGUCAUGCUAAGUCCCGCACUCCACACCUCGUGGGUCAUGAAAAAUCUGCAUGACAAGUUUGCACUUUCCCAGACCCAGACAUUUUUGCACUUGAUAGGUGGAGCACGGCUACAAAAUGGCACCGCCGGAAGUAACAGAGGAUGGGGAUGUCAACAUGGACGGGACGACGCCAAGAUAG